AUGACAGAUGAGCCCGAAAAAGACAUUAACGAUGUUUUCUCCGACAUUCUCCUGAGCGAGGACCGCAUUUUCGAGCAAAGUUACAACCAAGGCUACGAAUUAGGAAAAGGGGAAGAAAACAUCGAAGCCUACCACUUGGGUUAUCAUCGUGGGGCCGAAUUAGGUGCAGAAAUCGGUUAUUACACCAGUAUUACGUCAUAUUAUUUAAGCCAUAAAUCAGGUGACGAAAAAAUCGUCAAAGAACUCGAUACUUUGAAGGAAAUGUUAAAUUCUUUUCCCAGAGAAAAUGACCCAAAUGUUGAUAUAUUAGAACUCAUAGGCAAAAUUCGAGCGAAAUUCAAAAAAAUCUGCGCGGUUUUGAAACUACAACCCUCUUUUCCCGAGUCUGACAAACUUUCGUUUUAA